AUGACAUCUACUCCAGAGACACUGCUAGAGGAAAUAGAAGCAAAAAAUAGAGAACUAAUAGCUAAAAAGAUAACUCCACUUUUGAGCUUCCUGAAAAACAAGCAGAGGAUGAGAGAAGAAAAGAGAGAAGAAAGGAGGCGGCGAGAAAUAGAAAGAAAAAGACAAAGAGAAGAGAGGAGGAAGUGGAAAGAAGAAGAGAAACAAAAACGGAAAGAUAUAGAAAAGCUAAAGAAGAUAGACAGAGUUCCAGAAAGGGACAAAUUAAAGGAUGAACCAAAGAUUAAGCUGCUCGAGAAGCCAGAAAAAGGAGAUGAAAAAGAUUUGGACAAAAGAGAAAAGCUCAAGAAAUUGGACAAAGAGAAUCUGAGUGAUGAAAGAGCCAGCGGGCAAAGUUGUACAUUGCCCAAGCGUCCUGAGGGUGAAUUUAAAGAUGAAAAGCCUAAGAGACCUGAAGAUGAGAGUGCUAGAGAAUACAGGGAGAGGGAGCGGGAUUAUGAACGAGACCAAGAGCGCAUCCUGCGGGAGAGAGAGAGGCUGAGGCGGCAGGAGGAAAGCGCCGCAGGCAGAAGGAGCGCUAUGAGAAAGAGAAGGCUUUCAAGAGAAAGGAAGAAGAAAUGA